GCGGGGCCCAGCCCGGCCGCCGGCGCCGCUCCGCCCGCCUCAGCGGGGCGGGGUCCGGCGAGGAGAUGGCGGACGAGGCGCAGGGUAAGAGCUGCGCGGCGGGGACCGGGCCUCCCUCCCCUCCCCUCCUCCUCGGUCCGGUCCCGCCGAGCGGCGGUGCUGAGGGGAGGUCUCCCUUGGCGCCGUCGCAGGCGCCUGGAGUGAGGCGGCGGUGGAUCACUUUCUGAGGCGGCGGCGCAUCCGAGCGAGAGACGCGGCGGCCAUCAGGUGGUUCCACGCCGCCAACAGCAAGGCCCGGGCCGGGGAGGCCGCCAGAAGCGAGCCCCAGCCCGGGACGGCCGCCGGCCCCUGCGGGCCACCGGGCCAGCAGGACAAGGUGUGGAGGUGAUACCCUUUCAGCAGACAAACUUGUUUGGUUGUAAAAAGACAACCAACUUCCAGGCGUACAGGCCCUCUCUCAGGUCAGGCCUUCAUAUUAACAAAGCCUGUCGUCCCCUGUCAGCAGACCAGAGCCGUGGGUAAGGAGUCUUCUGGUUUCACACACUGGAGCUAAGAUUGCCUGGAGUGCUGUCCAGUUUAUUUGUUGGCACAGGGGAACACUAAGCCGCCUGCUGCAGAUAAAACUGUUGUCUGUGAUGUGGUUGUGCUGAGGACCCACCACAGAUCCCUCAUACGCCAGCCUGGGCAGCAGUGGUCAAGUCGGCCCUGUCCUUUCCAGUUUCAUCUCAUGGUGAUGUUCACAUGAUAGAAGCAGAUGUUCUUCUUCGUGGUGGCUUGGGAGGAAAUGAAGAUCCUAUCAUGGCUCACCCACCUGAAACAGACAGCGAUAACACAUUGCAGGAAUGGCUAAAAGAGGUUGUUGACACAAAUAAAGGCAUCAAGCUGGAUUUUAAGAGUCUAGAAGCUGUACGGCCUUCCUUGGAGCUUCUUGAACAGGUGGAGCAGCAGUUGAGGCGACCCGUUUGGAUCAAUGCAGAUAUCCUACCAGGACCUAAUGGAAAUAGUACUGUGGUGGAUGCAAAAGGGUUCCUCGACACUGUCACUUCAUUUUUCCCAAAUGUAACCUUAUCGCUGGGGUGGACAACUGGCUGGCACCCUGUCAAACACAAUGAAGGCUAUGACUGGGUGAUGGUGAAGGAGAUGGCUCAGAUAUGCAGUACACUUUCCCAGCCUGUAACGUUCCCUGUAAGAGCAGCGUUAGUACGACAGUCAAUAUCUGAGCUGUGCUGGUUAAUCCAACAGUCGGAUAGGUACAGCCUCACUGUUUGGACAGGGAAGGAGGAUGUGUAUUCUGUAGAAGAUUUGCUUUACAUCCGAGAAAACUUUGAUAAAAGUAGGGUUUAUUAUGACAUCUUAGAGCCCCAAAAUUCUGAAUUCAAAAAAGCCAUAGGAGUAGAAUAGUAAACACAAAGCAGGCAAUCUCUCACCUUAUAAUACUUAGCUUCUUUAAACAUGAAGAUUUCUUUUUCAGGGAAAUACAUUUUCCUUCCCAAAAGAAUUGUAUAGAACACAGCCGUGGUUAUUGGAGGAGUUUUUAUAUAACACUUGUAUUGAAAUGCUUAUCAAAUAGAAAUCUAAUGCCUUCUUUAAUAGGUCAGAAUUGCUGCUUACUCAUCGUAUGCACAUUCCCUCUCAUUCACCCGGUGGCGCGUGGUAACGGCUACUCACGUUACCUAAAUAUACCAAUACUUCUUCCCUGCAAGCACCUGAAGGGGAGAAUGGCCCCAGCUGAUAUUUCUGGACCAAGGUGGUUCGCUACUAACCGCUUUUGUGUAAGACAAAGUCUAUGGGACAUUCUAUCUCUACCAAAGCCUGCUUUUGCUUUUUAUAGGGGAGGACAAGAGUCAAGACCAUAUUAAGUACAGAACUAUGCACUUCCCAAAGGGUAUUCUUUUGUAGCUCAUCUUGAUACACUAUUUUUAAUGCCAUUGCGGUUGAUAAUGUUCUCACUCCUGGUCAACAGAUGAGUCUGUAUGCUAGACGUGAAGAGUGGGAUCUCUGAUACUACAUACUCCAUUGAGAAAGAAUGGCUAUUUUUACUGAAUUAAAACUAAUCAGGUUCUCUGCAAUGUGGUAAUUGUGCAUGUCACACCAUGUCUUGCCUCCAUGCUUUCUGAGCCAUCGGCGACAUAGUCCUUGGAUUGUGAGAGGAGCUGGAGUUGUAGCUGCACGGCAGGAGGUGCUCGGCAAACAGAACCCCCAAAAUGAAGAAAAAUCCUGUCCUGUACAUAGAGCACAGCGAUGGAUUACAGGGAGGUACACAUCAGAGACAGCAUUAAAAGAACUGUAGUGUUUUGUAAGAGAAAAGUGGUAGUUCUUUCAAGAGUUUGAAACGAAAUUUUAACAGCAGUUAUGUAAAAUGUUCUGCUGCAGUCUUUCUGAAGGCCAGAGGCUCUAAGAAUGAAAUAGCUAUACAGUGAUUAGUACUUACAUCAAAACCUGUACAUUUCUGUGGUGGAACAGUUGUUUUCUACAAUCCCCUGGUUUGUGCAUCUUUUUAAUUCUCAGAAUACAAUUUCAAAAAUUUUCAAAAGUUGGACUUCCCUUUGAGGGAAAGUAAAGUCAUUGCAACUCUGUGUAUCACCUGCAGGAAGAGUCCAACCUAUUUCCUUUUUAAGCAUUUUUUUGCAUCUUUCACUUCUGCGUCCCUUAAAAUAGAGAUAUUGAAAUCUGUGCAGAUUGAGGCACAAGCUGUGUGUUGUUGCCUUCUGCCAAAUGUUACAAAGUCUUUUUUCAUAAUGACAGAGAUCUUGAUUUCUAAAUGAAAGCUGAUGCUGUGAAGAGGCAUUACCCUGUCCCCUGUCAUCCUCUUGUCCUCCUUUUCCCAUCCUCUCACGUGCUUCCUGCAGGAGUUGUGUGAACUUUGAUGCUUUCCACAAUACUGUCCAGGCUGUUAGUACUAAAGAGUUAAUUAGGGCAAAUUUUGCUUAUUACAUAGCAUUAGUACAACUGUGAUAGAAAAGUUAGUUAUAUUUCUUAAUCCUAAAUCUUGAAAUAUGGUGAUUUCAUGCAGCCAUUAAAAUUCAGGAUUGCUGACCUACGCUCCUUUGGCAGGUUUAUGUAAUAAUUGGUUUGUGUUCUUGGGGGGCAAAUCUUUCAUCAUUUUUAUUGUCUAAUAAGAUACAAUAUACUUGGAUAAAAAUAGGAAAUUUUUUCUAAAUAAGGAAAAAAACUAUCUAGUUGUACUUGGAAUAGUUAAAUAGAGUACUUAAUUUAAUUUACGCAGUUGAUGUGCAUCGCAGUUACCACCAAAAGGUCAAGUUGUCAGUGCCAUUCCUCUUAAUGAAUGGGGAGAAAUGACGUAUUUUUCAGUUCGCUGUGACAACAUGAUCUGACUUGAACAGAUUUGACCUCUCAGUUCUUCAUAGCAUCUCUUUCUUUGAAGUUUGCGCGUGCAUUUUGCUAUACCAUGGCAGGAAGCGAGAUUAACUAUUUCCCAACUGACCAUAACUAUGUAAAACAUUUCAAGUACUUCAAAGACCCUUUUCUAACCCAGAUCAUUUUGACUAGAACAGGUUCAGGAGCUAUUGGAUGACAGGCGUGCUAUCAGAUACGAUCAUGUGGUAUCCUUGUGACCCUUUCACCUUACUCCUUUUCAGGGAAAACAGGAUAUAUAAAUGACCAAAGCUCCAGUUAAACCCAGGUUAUAGACAUUGCUUUGAAUCUAUAGUACAUACAAUAAAGUAGUAGGAAAUAGUAUAGUUCAGAGGUUUUUGUUUUCUGGGAUAUACCAUUGAACAAGAACCACUUCGGGCCAUCAGCCAGCUUUUGGAAUCAAACGCAACACAGCUGCAUUAGCCAAAAUGAGUCAGGCAGGUGCCUGGGUAACAGAAUUUGCUUUUGAGGGGCAUAAAGGACAUAGCUUGAGGACACACCGCUGUAGCCGGGUUCAUUUAUUGAGUGAAAGGUGCCAUUAAAGAGCACUGAGUUCUUUGUAUUAAUUCUUACUGAUCACUUUACUAGCUUUCUUUUCAGGAUAUUGGUGGUCAUUCAGAAGCAGCAAUACUUUCUAGCCAUAUAUUUAUUUCAAAUAGAUUUAAAGUCAAGAGUAUCCCAUUGUCCUUUUGUUCCACAAUUUAUGUGAACAUUUAGGGCAGGGGUGGACUCCUAGGUCUUGUUUCAGCUCCGUGUUGCAGGCCGUUAUAUUUAUUGACUUAAGGGAUUUUGUCUUUCAGUUCGUUAGCCAUUUUUGCGUCCACACUGGCAGACUUUUCUGUUAUUUGGAAACCUUUUUCCCACUUACCAAUUCCCACCUGAAGUAUUGUUAAAACUGGUUAAACUAUUAAGUAAAAAAUACCAGCCAGAGGUAUUAAGGGUGUAGACAUCAUGGAAGAAAUAUCAGUGAGUAAUACAUGUGGGUAUUCAGAUAAAAUUAAAAGAAGACAUGAUCUAUAUUACAAGAAAAAAUAAUUAAGGCAACAAGACAUGUGAAACUAGAUUAAAUAAAAUGCUAGAAAUGAAUUAUAUGGAGCAUGCUUGCAGUGACAAGGUUUGACUGUGUGGUGAAUUUGAUUAUUCUGUAUGGAUUCUCCUAUGUAUCUGAACUCCUGUAUGUAUUUUCUACCUAUGGAUUUCUGUUAGUUUCCUGUGAAGUCGUUUGUGGUGUUUAUGUCAGUCUGGUCUGACUUGCACGUAAAUAAAUUAAUUUUAAUUUGUUUCUCUGUUUUCAUGCCAGUCUUCGUACAAAUGCUCUCCUUCUAAAAUAAGAUGUGUUAGCUGUGGGGCUGGCAGUAAGAUAAUAAAGGGGAGAAGAGAGACAGCUACUUACUCUGUUGGAAAGGGGGCUCUGUGGCAGGUCUGUGUUACUCGAGCUGUUGCUUUUUUUUUAAAACCUUCUCUCAGUGAUCUGUUCCUUGUACUUAAAAUGUUUAGAAGCUAUAAAUUCUGCCGCUUCUUUGUGGAAUCAUUUUCUCUGUCGGUAUUGCUUUGUGUCUGUUGAUAUCUUUCAGAGAGGCUUUUAGACAUAAUUGUCCUUGUUACAUGAAAAAUCUGUUAAUUUAAAUGAAUUAGAUAUUGUUCAGGAUGUCCAGGGGAGUUAACCAAUUAAUAAAAUAUUUCUAAUUUGCUGCAAGUGUAGUUCAAGCCUCAUGUUUUUCUGUGAAUUUGACGGAACUGACUAAAUAGAUAAAAUAACACGUUACAGAAGAGUAUUGACAUCAUUAGUCCUGCACAACUACUCAAUAAUAUCCUGCAGUAAGAUGUAAAUAUGAUGAAAGGAAAACAGAAGCCGCUUUUCUGAGGUUUGUGUUGUUUAAAUGUGCUGUGGAAUUGAAGAAAAUGCCCCCAAAGACAUGCAUUUUAAAAACCAGUUCUCCACCUUCAGAAUCCAUGUGAAGAAUUACUCAGUUUCGGCCUACUCGGACUGCAAAAAACGCCAGUCGUCGUCUUCAAUUAAAACCUUGACAUUAAACCCUUGUAUGUUUUAUUUAUCAGCCAGCUGCCUGCGACCAGGCCGUUUGCUAAUGUUACUGCAGACUUAUUUCUGCACUGUCCAUUAAACCCUCUUUAAUGUUUGAGUCCGAGCACUGUAAAGCUUUUCACCUGUGAUUUUUAUUGUGCUUUGUUUGGGUAAUGAAGAAUUUGAUUCGGCACCUGGCCUGUGCUGUCUUUUUCAUACGGGCAGUGUCUGUGCAGCCGCCAAGGGAGGGUGCCUCUGAACCUUCCCAGCACCCUCCUGCAGAACUGGGUUUACACAAACCUCCACCUCUGCAGCCCACCACCAGGGACUCGUGACCCUGGUGAUUAAGAAGACGGAGUUAGUGAAUUGCGCAGAAAGUCUUCAUACCUCACUUAAUAACUCUGUGAUAAAAUGGCCCUGUCCUUCCUUUUCUUUAAGAAAAAAUACAGAAAUCACAGUGUUGGGGAAUUAAAAACGUUUGGUCUGUUUUGGGGUUGGCUGGUUUUUUGAAGGUUAGGGAGAGCCCGUUAUGAACUGCAUCCUACAUUAUAUCCAAGAGUCAAGGGAGCUUUUCCAUCAGUUUCAAUGUUCUAAAAUUUCUUCUAAUUCAUUUAAAAUUUCUUCCAAUUUUCAGAGUGUAUUUCUUUU